UAAACUUAUAAUAUGAUGCAGCAAUUUCAUUCCUAGGUAUUUACUUGAGAGAAUGAAAACACAUGUCCACAGAACGACUUGUACAUAGAUAUUCACAGAAGCUUUUUUCACAAUAGUCUAAAUCUGGAAACAACCCUAAUGUCCAUCAACAGAUGAAUUCAUAAAUAAAUGGUAAUAUACCUAUAACAUAGAAUACUAUUUAGCAGUAAAAAGGAAUCAACUACAGAUACACACAACAACCUGGAUGAAUUUCAAAACAUUAUCAUGGGUGAAAGAGGCCAGAAGCAAAAUAGUCCAUAUUGUGUGAUUCCAUUUUUAUGGAAUUCUUGGCUAACACAAUAAUCAUAUUGGCAGAAAGCAAAUCAGGGGUGGAGUGGUGCUGAGGUUGAUAGAGACUGACUACAGAGGAGCAUGAGAGAAUGUUCGGCUAAUGAAAGUGUUCUAUAUCUUGAUUGUGGUGGUUGUUGUUACCCGAGUGUAUACAUUUGUCAGAAGUCAUUGAAACGCAGGCCUAAAAUUGGUAUGUUUCAUUGUAUAUAAAGUAUAUAUGUCAACCUAAAAAAGUUUCUAGCAGCCUUUGCAAGUUUAAAGUCCUCUUUCAUCUUAGCUCAGUCUUUUUCAGACCAAUAUUCAACCAAAUCCAGGGUUAAUCUCCUUACAGCGGUUGUCUCUCUCCCCUGUUGUGUUUAUCCCUCUCUCUCCUUUAUGCCUGGUGGCUUAGGGGAGAGCUCAAGUGUCCUCCCAUAAUAGAAGAGGAGGUGGUUGGCAGGCAGGUCCCUGAGUUCUCAUUACCCUAAGCAAAGGUUUGGCCCCUGGGCAUUCUGUUGGGGAAACUUAUCUUGCUGGCCUCUACAUACUGGCUUCUGUGCUCAGUGUCUACCAGGUUGACGUGUCUGCGGCUGGUGGAAUGUAAAGUCUGUACUCUUCACGGCCAGGAUAUGGGGAUGCCCUGCCUUUCUUGUUACAGCUCUUCUUGAGGAUCACCAUGAUUUCCAUUUGGCUCAAGUUAUUUGCCGUGGAAUCCCUUUUCCCUUUGCCACAGCCCUGCCUCUUAUCUCCUAGAUGUCUUCCGUGUCUCUGUUGAGAGCAUGGGAGAGAAUCUGGAUCACUCACACUCCUCUGUCACAUGGCAGAUGGCCAGUAACCCCUGUACCAGGUAGCAUUCUAUGCCAAACUUGAAUGCCAGCAGGAAGUCACUGGACAGAAGACCUCUUCCAACAUCAUAACUGGACAGUUGGAGUAACCUGGAAAAGAAGAAAGGGGAGUUGAAACCAUGGCAAAAGUAACUAGAGCUCGGUCUACCUCCCCUCCGGAUGGAGGCUGGGGCUGGAUGAUUGUGGCUGGCUGUUUCUUUGUUACCAUCUGCACCCGGGCAGUCACCAGAUGUAUUUCCAUUUUUUUUGUGGAGUUCCAGACAUCCUUUACUCAGGAUUAUGCACAAACAGCAUGGAUCCAUUCCAUCGUAGACUGUGUGACCAUGCUGUGUGCUCCGCUUGGGAGUGUUGUCAGUAACCAUUUAUCCUGUCAAGUGGGAAUCAUGCUGGGUGGCUUGCUUGCAUCUACUGGUCUCAUCCUGGGCUCAUUUGCCACCAGUCUGAAGCAUCUCUACCUCACUGUGGGAGUUCUUACAGGUCUUGGAUUCGCGCUGUGUUACUCUCCAGCUAUCGCCAUGGUCGGCAAGUAUUUCAGCAGACGGAAAGCCCUUGCUUACGGGAUCGCCAUGUCGGGAAGUGGCAUUGGCACCUUCAUCCUGGCUCCUGUGGUUCAGCUCCUUAUUGAACAGUUUUCCUGGCAGGGAGCGUUACUCAUUCUUGGGGGCUUCGUUUUGAAUCUCUGUGUUUGCGGUGCCUUGAUGCGGCCAAUUACUCUUAAAGAGGACCAUACAACUCCAGAGCAGAACCACGUCGGUAGAGCUCAGAAACGAGACUUUAAGCGGGCAUCUCCCUGCUCAACUUUGACCAAAGAGUGGGUGCAGACCUGCCUUUGUUGCUCUUUGCAGCAAGAAUACAGUUUUUUACUGAUGUCAGACUUUGUUGUGUUAGCCAUUUCUGUUCUGUUUAUGGCUUAUGGCUGCAGCCCUCUCUUUGUGUAUUUGGUGCCUUAUGCUUUGAGCGUCGGAGUGAGUCACCAGCAGGCUGCUUUUCUUAUGUCCGUACUUGGGGUGAUCGACAUUAUUGGAAAUAUCACAUUUGGAUGGCUAACCGACAGAAGGUGUCUGAAGAAUUACCAGUAUAUUUGCUACCUCUUUGCUGUGGGACUAGAUGGGCUCUGCUAUCUCUGCCUCCCCAUACUUCAAAGUCUUCCCCUGCUCGUGCCUUUCUCCUGUACCUUUGGCUACUUCGAUGGUGCCUACGUGACUUUGAUCCCGGUAGUGACUGCUGAAAUAGUGGGGACCACUUCUUUGUCGUCAGCGCUCGGUGUGGUGUACUUAGCACAUAUAUAUUUAUGA